GCGCACCAGCAAUCCACGACAGCCCUGCACUUUCUAUCGACCAUCGUAGCGCAGUCAUCGAUCCUAUUAUUCCAUGGGCUGCGUUUUAAAAGGCUUUAUCCCAGCUGCGCUGCCGUCCACGGUCGCCGGCCACUGAGCAGAAAUUUUCGAACUGCUCGCGCCAUUGUUGGCCGAGCCGCCGCAAAGCAGCUGGUGACGAGACUUGAUCCGCCGCGAUGGCAUCAACAGCUCUCAAAGACCUCUCCAAGGCAAUCAACGCCUUCAUUGUCGAUCCCGUCCUUCCCCUUCCCGACAGCCUCAUCACCAUCAUCGAGAUCUACAUUGACAAGCACGAAAAAUACGACGACGCUGUGGCUGAUAAGCUUCAAGAAGAACUUAUAUCCAUCUUCGAGAAACAUGUCGUCAGCAAUCCAGCCGCCACCGGCCCUUGGAUGGGCAUCCUACGCCGCUUGCAGUGGGGAGUGCAAAGCCCCGAAAAGGUUCUGUACUGGUUUGAUGCGUGCCAAAGGAUCCUCGACAACACACCGCUAGAAAAGGAGGUUGUUGGCGAGACUAUCAAAGCCAUGAUGAACACGAUCGCUGUUGCAGAGAAAUACCAGGCGUCUCAUGAAAAUGACCCCGGUGCUAACCCGAUCAUCGACCGUUUACUUGCCAUCUGGACUGAUAAAUUCUACCCGGCUAUGAUUGAAGGCAACAAAGCUGUUGAAAACAACGAGCGAAUGUUAAGAGAGGCCCUAGAACUCUUUGGCAAAAAGCGUACCAAGGAGUUUUUCGCGUCUCUCGAUAAGCGAUUUGUCCAGAAGAAAUACCGAAAAGCUGUGUUACGAUUUAUGUGCGGCUUUGUACAGGGUCAACCCCCGCAUCUGUACCAGAUUUCAGAGACAAGCUUGUUCAGCAACCUCUUGAUUUGCCUACAGCGAGACACAUCAACCACCGUCGUCUCGGCAGCCCUCACCAAUCUCAUCAUGCUGAUGCCCCAUAUGCCCAGUUCCCUCGUUCCUCGUCUUCCAACCCUGUUCAAUAUUUAUGCGCGUCUUCUAUUCUGGGAGAGCGAGCGAACAGGCAGCAUCGAGCUAGCCAGCCCAGACAGCCGACAAGAGCAUGAAUGGCAAAUAUGCACAUUUGAUCCGGCAACCGAAGAUGUUGAAAUUGGCCAUCUAGAGCCAUAUUAUACAAUCCUCUAUGGUCUUUAUCCUAUAAAUUUCAUGGAAUAUAUUCGAAAGCCUCAGCGCUACCUGAGGCACGCCAACACCGACGAUAACGACGUCGAGGUGCAACCUACAGAGAUCCGUCUGCAAUCCGAACGUUUCCGCCGCAACCAUAUUUUGCAUCCCAACUUUUACACACUUACAAUCGAAUCAGAAAAGACCGACUUUUCAAGAUGGAUUAAAUGUGAGGCAGCUGAGGUUGUUGCUGACUGCAUUGCUCUAUGCACCUCCCAGUCUGGCGGUGGUCAGGCGGUCGAACCAAUGAUUGGAUCCCCCCAUGAUGUCAACCCAUCAGAGGCAUAUCUAGAGCAGGUAGUGCCUGAUGCCAGCUUGCUGAAUAGCUCCGUGACGAAAGUACACAACUGGCGUCAUGCCCAGUUCUCAACCGCCGAUUCCGUAACCAGCGAUAGGCCAGGCUCAGGAGCUCUGGUUCGCCGGGCUUCACAUUCAAGCCAGCCUUCUACAAAGGAUCACGGCGACAAUAGACCUAAAACUGGGACUGAUAGCCCAGCUGUUUCAGCACAGCUUGCUCAGUCAUCUUCUCAUCAACAGUUGCAAGAUCUCAUCAAGUCGAACAAGGCUUUGAAGUCUGGGCUGCACCAGUCACUUGCCAACGAGAGUGUUGCCUCGCUGGCCCUCAGCAAUCAGGAGUCUCUUGCCGACAAACCAUCGACGUCGACAAGCAUGCUACCCCCGCCUGUGCCUCAAACAGCCGGAUCAGUUCCUCCUGUUGGUGAUCUUCAGACACAACUGGCCUACUUGCAACGGCGAGUCUUGUUGCUGGAGAAUGACCUGGGCUUCGAGAGAUAUCUCAAACAGCAACACAUUGUCCAUAUUGGUGACAUGAGAAGCAGGCACGUUGCCGAGGCUGCUAUGGAGGCGGAAACUCAAAACCUGAUCAUGAUGAACAGAGGGUUGAAGAGCCGCUACGAAGAGGCCAAAAAGGCCGAGAUGCAAGUCAAGAAGGAAGCUGACAAAAGCCGCACCAUGGCUAAGAAGUGGGAGGCCGAUUUAUCCAAUAAGUUGAAGAACUUGCGUGAGGAAUCGAAGAAGACGACAGUAGAUCUCGAAAAUAUCCGCCGGGAGCUGGACAUGUAUAAAUUAGAAUGUGAUAAGCUGCGCAAGCUGCUAGGAGAGGCGGAAGUAAAAGAGUUGACGUGGAAACAGGACGCUCAGUCAAUUGAGAUACAAAGCGAGGAAGUUGAGCGGCUUCGAGCCGAGAUCAAGCGCUUGACAGAAGCAGACCGAGACUAUCAGGCGCAGGAACGCGGCCGACAAGCCACAGCCUCUGCAGCUAAGAACACAGAGAGCGAGCUAGUGGAGCUCAGUAUGAAGCUGGAGUCACAGGAGAACGAAGUGCAGCGGACUAAAAAGCUGCUGCAGUUGCAGAUCCGAGCUUUACAAGAGCAUCUGUCGGAACUCCAAGAAGAGAGAGUGCUGCCGGGUACGCAAGACAACAUUGACGUGGAGAAUGCGCUUGCGGCGAGUAGGGCAAAGCAGGCCGAGUUGCAGAAGCAAUACGAUUUGCUCCUCCGCAAGUACAAAGUCAUCCAAUCGUCAUUACUUGACAUGCAGUCCAUGCCUACUGAACCACCCAAGCCGAGGGCAUACGAUGUGGAACGCAUUGCUUCACAAACAAGUCCUCUCGGGGCCCGUGGCCGGCUGCAGCGAAUGAACUCGUUGGAUGCGCCACAAGGGACAACUACGCCGCCACUGGACGCACAGUCGUUCUCAACUAUAUCCCGAAACACUACAAAUUCUCAGAGCGGGGAUACCGUCGAGGCUGGAUCUUCGACUCGAGCACCAGACCAGCGAAUAUUUAGCGGGUUAGCCAACCGCAUCCGCAAGGAUAGUAGUGCCGACAAGACCAAAGAUGACGCCGGCAGCAAUGCUUCGAAGCCCAAAAAGGACAAGAAGUCGUCGGCACUACGAGGUAUCCGAGGCUUUGUAUCAUCAUAGCGGCUCGGCGUCUGUCGCAUUGAUGGGCCCGGACUCUAGGGGACGGCGGAAGACUUGUUCCCAGAUUGUAAUUACAGUGAAGCAAAAAAGCAAAACGAUGGUAUGGUAGUUACAUGUACUGUUUUAGACCCUAUGUAUGGAACGCGUAAAUAUAUAACCAGAGCAGAAAGGGUUUACCAACCAAUCGCAGCAUUUCACGUGUGAGAACUAAGAUGGAGGCGCGUCACUAGAGUGUGUUGUGAACCGACGCGCACUUCAUAUAACAUCUAGGCGGCAGGCGGGGUAAUUAAACAAAGGCUCACUGCCUUGUUUCUACAUUAAAUUUUACGGUCGCAGUCCAAUUAACACAGAUGGUGUACAGAUGGGCUUCUCGAACCAGAUCUAAUGUUCGGAAAGGGCUGCAUCGGG